UGGUGUGCAUUCAGGAUACAGCAUUUGGUCCUGGAAAGCUCCACAGUUCUUCACCAGAGCUCGCUUUUUCCUACAUUGUGCACUAGUUUUUCUGAAGAAUUUACCUGCAACAACACUGUCACAGUUGAAUGACAGCUGCUAAAAUCCACCUCCUGAAGACUCCUCACGCUUCUGUUACAGCAUGAAGAACUGAUUCAAAUCCAGCGGCGGUCCUGCUUCCUGGAUCCAACCCGGCAGAGAUGCAGUUUGGUCGCCAGGUCACCAGCAGCACCGCUCUCCAGAUCCCUCCCCAGCCUGGCAGUGCUGCAUUCAGGAACCGACAUCCGAUCCUGCUGGACACCAUCCAGCCCAUCCUGGUCAGGGCCAUCAUCAACCCAAAGCGGGGAAUGGAGGAACCCUUUCAGUCACAGACACCACAACCCCCCAGGAGCUGUGGUUCGCCUGGGAAUGCUGGGAAGUCAUGCUGGAACCUGGAUGUGAGGGUGGCGGUGCUUCUGGUGACUCUGGCUGGAGCUGUAAUCCUGCUGCUGCUCUACAGACUCCUACAGCUGAGACACAGGUUGAGGUUGGCAAGGGCUCGCCACGCUUUGGAGUACUACAGCUUCUACCACACCGCCACCUACACCCUCAAACAGCCCACGCCUUGUCAGGAGGUACCAGCUAAGAAUGGGUCGCUCCCUGAGGCUGCUCCACCGAUCCAAACCAUAACCACGGUGACGCCUGCUGUCAUCACCACAGUGCCGCCUCCACCUGCAGCCCCACCACCUGCAAAGCCGCUCCCACCUCCACCCAUCCUACCAACACCUCCCGUCCUACAACCUCCACCUGUUCUGCCACCCCCACCUGUCCACCCUCCACCCACUCUUCCUCCACCACCGGCCGUCCUGUCCCUACCGCUACCCCUACCUGUCAUCCACACCACCCCGCCCAGUCCUCACCUGUCCUGGGGCGCCUGUUCAGAUGCAGAUGUUUACUCUCGGAUCGGAGCUUUCAGGCCCUCGAGGCUCUCCAGCCUCUCCAGCCAAUCCACGGUCAUCCUGUUCGAACACUCGUCUCUCUAAACUCUUACACUGAUUGUAGUGAUGACCAAACAGUUUUCUGACACUCUUGCUUAGAUAAUGUAUGUAUGCUAGAUAAGGUGCAUAUAAAAGGCUGAGAGGAAUGUUUGAAGAUAAGAUACACUCAGGGUUUUUUAGGACUUUGAACUCAAGCCACUCAAUUGAUUUUUCUUUAAAAAGAACCAGAUUUGGUACAAGAAAAAAAAUGCAGUUUGGAUCAAAACAACUCAGCUGUAAUUAUAUAUAUUUUUUGCUCUAUUGUAUAUUAAGGCUUUCCUCUACAUUUAGGCUAAGAAAGGCUCAGAGCUCCCUCAAGUCGCAUCUAUUCUGAAACCUGUUUCUGAGGUAAAUGACAAAGGUAUGCUUGAAAAAAGACUCAUGAUUGUAGCACUCAGACAUGCAGAACUAUCUGUAAAGUGUUACUUUUGGAUUAUACACUUUAUGAACAUGUUAAUAGGAACUGACAGUGAUCUAACAGACUUGAUGUCAAGGAUUGAAAAAGAUGUUGGAAAUUUGAGAUUCUACUCCAUGUUGAUGUGACUUUUUUUCUGCAGAUUUGUCAGCUGCACAUUCAUCUUUGCAAAGGUGUUCUGCUGGAUUCAGAUCUGGUGACCAAUGGAGUCACCUGAAUUCACUGUGAUUUUCAUGGGGCCAGUAGACGGUUAUUGGUUUCCAUGGUGCUUUAAAAUGCUGGAGGCUGGCAUUAGAAGAUGGCAAACUGCUGCCACAAAGGGAUGUGCAACACUCAGGCGGGGUGUGGCAUUCAAACAGUGACUAACUGGUAUUGGGGAGCCCCAAGUCAGCCAUGAAACUGUGGACACAAGGAAGGUUUGGUUCAUGGACUCAAUAGAUGAAUCUACUAUCUUUCACAUUUGGUCAACUUCUAAAUCUACAAUAGGACAAGAUGUAACAGUGAAAAAAGUCUUGCAAACUUUGUAUUUUGUACAAUAUACUGUGACUACUGAUAUGUGGAAUAUUUGUUUUCUUGGUUCUUUGAUGUUUACAAAGAGAAAUAUACAAGAAUUUCAUGUACAAAAAGAACAAAACUGCCACUAUAAUGCUCAUUGUCUGCAGGGGGGGAGAAGGGUUAAAGACACUGCAGCUGUUGCUUGUUCUUGCCUGUAGGAGGCAGUUUGUCUGCUUUUAUUACUGACAAGGCAAAAUGCCGAAUAUGACAGAGGUCCAUUGUGGAUGAGUGAGGAAAUAACAUCACAGUUAACAAAGACAAUUAGAGUUAAACUGUUUUGUCAUAAUUUGCAUUUUAAAAUGUAUUAGCAAGCUGUUCUUUUUAAAACGACCCUGUGUACACUUUUUACUGCAGCAUGAAGCUUUUCUAUGUGCGUUCUUCAAAAUGGAUAAAUAACAUUUUACAAUGAAAACUUCCUAUUAAUAUGAAUCAUAUCGAGAACACAAACACAUUCAUAUUCAUCCUCGCUUGACAUUCCCUCGUUAUAUUUAAUUCCCUCUGCCGUAUAUUGUUACAAAUGUCUUUCCUGCUCAGCUUACAACCAAUUAAGAGACAAUGCAGCAGCACAUGUACAGAUUGAAUUAGCGAGCUUUUAGUAUGGAGACAGCAGCCUCACCAGCAGGCUUAGAUAGAGAAAAGAGUUAAAGAGGCACGUCAUGAAGAGUCUCAGUUUUCAACCCGACAAGAAGAAAGCAACAAACAGCUAUCAACAAAAACAACUUCCCUUAUGAAUUUACAAACUAGUGUUGAAUUAUAAAUGAGCGGUCAGUUGGGAAAACAUGCUUAAAUAUUGAAGGACAAUUUAUCUUAACUGAUGGUUAGAGCUAACUUAGACACUGAGAUUACCAUAGAAACAACAGGCAGAUGUUACCUGUGUGUAAACAGGGCUUCUUUAUACUAAGAUCAAUCUAUCAAUCUGUGCUCAUUUGUAAAAGUCUUGGUUAGAUCAGUGAGGGACAAAUUAUUCACAAGCUGUCGAUAAUUGCCUGCUGUACCAAAUUAUGUUUGUUAAUUAUUGUGCCAUGUUUCAAAUGUAUUGAAGAGACGAUUUGAAAUGCAGGGAAAACGUCAGUCAUGAUAUAAGACUGUAAAGUGGAGGAAAAGCACCAAUGUGGAACAGGGAGGAACCUUGCCAUGACAAACCAGCUCAGGAAAUGCCUCCCAUCUGAGGAAACAAUGAGCUCUGCUAAAGUAGCAACACAAUAAAAAAGGAAGAAGGAUUACAAAAGGUUAGGAUUCAUAGUUUGGGGACUUGUAAGUUGCAGAAUGCAGGAAAAACAACUGAUUGUUUAUUGCAAUGAGAUACAUUUAUCACUUGUAAUCCUCUUAACACCACUGUGCUUAAAAGGCUUGUUUUCUGUGAAAGAAUCAUUCAACUUUUCAAAUGUUUGUAAUAAAUACCAUCAGUUUUGUGUGGUUUCAUAGAGACAAAUGAUUUAUAUAAAUAAAUAAGCUUAAAAUUGU